GUAAGAGCAGUUUCCAGGAGAUAACCACGUGGAAGGAGGCUUUCGUUGAUGGACGAUCUAAAAAAAAACGAAGCUCCCCACCGCGGUGAGGUGAGUAGUAUACAGACUGAGGUAUCAAGGACUCAAAGAUUUGUUCCGCGGGUAAUACCGCUUGGCAUAAGGGGUAAACCAAUUGUAGCAGAGUCGUCAGCUGCGUCACACGACAGGGGUGGUCCAUCAUUAAACAUAGCGCGACGUUCUCAUCAGCCGAGGGUUUCGAUAAUAAGAAGAGUCAGUCCUAUUACUGCACCAGGAGUUUACGCUCGCUCUGGCCGACCUCGCUGUAUCGUGAGGCCAUAUGUACCGCCACCAAAUCUUGUUCCACCAGUUGCACCGUCUCCCUUUGUAGCAAUGAGAAGGCCCCUAGCACCAUUUGAUAACAAUGCACGUCCUACGCGGCCUACCCCGACUAGACGGCAUGUAUCUGCGGAGAUUCCCAGCCCAUCCAUGGCCGUAGAUCAAGCCGUUUGCAAACCUCGACAACUUCUUCCUGGUCAGAUUCCGGUCUGCUAUCCUUUGGACCGAUUACACAAUGCUCUCGUUAAAUUCCUUGGAGAACGAUAUCUUAAUCUGCUUGAUGAGUUUCAUAGGGAUCAUCCCCAUCUGUUAGACAUCGAUGACGAAACAAUGAGACGCUAUCUUUACCUGGAUUUCCCGGGAAUUUAAGAGCAGAGUUAUAAGUCUUGUUUAGUGUUCAAUAAUGGGACAACAAGCGAAUAGAGUAUUUUGCAAUCAAGUGUUAAUAGGAACAAAGUUUCAUUUCAUACUGCGCUCUGUUUCGGUUAAUUUGUUUUAGAUUCACUUUUUCCUACUAAUUUAUCCGUAGUGCGAAUCAUUUGGGCUCUGAGGCCAGGUGCUUUAAUUUUUAUGGUAAUAAUAAAGAGUAAUCGGCUCAA